AUGUGCAAAAAUGCUCUACGAGUUAGUUUUGAAUGUUUAUCUCCUAAUGAUAAUGAGUCCUAUGAAUUUUUAUGGAAUGAAAUGUUAACGCAAAAUAAAUCGAUUGAAUUUAUAUAUAAAAUUGCUAAUGAAUGUUUACCAUUCAAUCAUUCAUCAUUUUUAUGUUUAUAUAACAAGAUGGGCAAAUUUCAUGAACAAAAAUUUGAUUAUUCAACCGCAAUUUACUAUUAUAAAAAGAAACUCGAUAUCGAAUUAAAUGGUUCAGUUAUAACAUACAAUCAAAUACAACAUUUAUACAUUAAACUUGAUGACAUAUCAUCAGCAUUAUUAUAUUUGAAAAAAAUGUAUGAUAUACAGUUUGGAAUAAAUCGUUCUGAAGCACUAAACACAUGUAUGAUAAUGGUAACUUAUUAUCAAAUGCGUGCUUUAGAUGAUGAGAAAAGAAUGUAUUAUGCUAAUGCUUGUUACAACACUAUAAAAGUCGUUGAAAUGUUAAUUGAGAUCAUUCAUAAUUGGCAAUUUCCUACAGUAUUGCGUAAGAAUAAUAGACAAAUACUAAAUUAUCAUCAGUUAUAUAAGAAUUUGCAAAAUGAUAUUAGUAUUUUAAAUAAUUAUCAUUUUCAACAAGCUAUUUUAACAACUAGUGAAACAAUACUUUUAUUUGAUACUUAUUUUAAUAAAAUUAAAUUAUUUGAAGAAACAUUCCAAUUGUAUUUCAAAUUUUAUGUAUCAAUAUUUUUCAUUAAAAAAUGGUUACCAUUUCAAUGUGAUACGAUAUACUUAUCACGCAUGAAAAUAUUAUUUGAAACUUGUUAUAACCACAUUGUUUUAUUAAGAAAAAAAUAUUUUAGAAAAGUGAUUCACAAUUCAAGAGCAUAA